AUGGCAGAAGAAAACGCGCCUACUUCUGAUGUCCCUGUCUCUGACAAGGCAUUGCGGGAAUUAGCCAAGAAUGUGGCGAAGAAAUUGCCCAACUUCGCAGAGAAAGAGCCGGCAACUGCUCUGAAAGAACUCCAUACUAUUCUCGCUCCCGUUUUGGAGACUGCAGAUAUAGCAGAUCUAGAGAACAGCCAUCGCGCAGCCGCAUCGAAUGCUUUGUGUGGAAUUAUUGAGUAUUGUGCGGCUUCCGACAGUGCGUAUGCACGAGAGGCGAUCCUGGAUGAUUCGGUAUGGAUGAGAACCUUCAACAUCUACCUCCAGCGCUCUGGAGAUGCAAAGGGCAAAUCGAUGAGGCAGAUGCUUUUGGUCCUCACAAGUGUCAUUACCAAAGAUCAGAGCCUGCAUGCGAAUGAACUUCGGAGAAGAGCUACCUCUUCUUUCCUGGACAUCAUAUGUGAGCGCGAGGAUCGCAUCAAAGUCAAACCAGCUUUGCAAGGCCUUGCCCAUUUCCUGCUUCGGGAUGUCAUCUCCAUCACGGAAUUGAUUGGAUUGUUUGAUGUGCAGCUAAAGCGGACGUCGGAUACAGUCCAGGAUGCCGUGACUUCGAGGACAGUGUUCAAAUCUUUCCUUGCUUGGGUUGUUCACCACGACACCGCUCUUUCGGCGGGCCAUUUGAUCAAGAACUACCUACUUCAGGCCCGACGUCUUGCCGAUUACGACGAAAGAGGCAAUGACGGCUCCAUAUCACCAUUCUGGAUAGAGCCGGUGGUACAGACAUUACAAGAUUGGCCGGAUCGCAUUCAGGAGUUCAGAACUCACGUCUUCCCUCAUUGCUUUCUACCUAAUCUUUCGGAGUACUUGAAAUUUCUCGCAUAUCUCCAUUUUGAGUCACAUGUUCCACACGAAAAUGCGCUGCCCAGUCAGCUGUAUCAAGCUGGCGGUCACACGUCGUCCCUCGGAGAGAUGGAAGAGUUCAGGAUAUUGUUGGCAGCAAUCGCCACAGGAAAAGAACUCAAUAUAGUGAAGGACAAUGAUUAUAGAGUUCAAAGUGAUAUCGAGAUCCGCGAUGGAGCGCUAUAUCUGCCCGAUAACGUCCCUGGUGCCUGGAUGGCGGAUCCGCAUCCUGAAGUCAGACUUGCAGGCAUGUUUCUUUGCGUAUACUCCACUUCUGUUACGAGAGCUAUUAGUGGUGGCAUCCUACAGGCUCUCAGGCGCAACCUCUUCCAUCUGCAUACAGAUACGGAUGCGAACUUUCGCCGGGAAGUUCACGGCUAUACACAGAAGCUCUUCGAUCGUCUCAGAGCUAGUACGGCGACUCUUGCAAAGUCAAGAUUUAAGGGUGGUGCAUCUAGCCAAACACGCCUCCCUUUUCCAAAGACGAGCUCUGGUUCCCAUGGUUCGAUAGCCCGACAUGGGGAACAGGACCCGCUCUUUGAGUCUCUGGCUUUCAUCGCUUGGUAUAUCCAGUUUCUUGAGUGGGAGCUACGCCCGACUGCAUCUUAUCAGAGCCGCAUCACUGCAUUACGUUCGAUCACCAUCGUACUGCGCUCUGGGAUAGACCCGGGCGUCCCGUUCACCAGUCUUUCCAAAUCUGCACAAGGGCAGCUCAACUGGACUCAUGAACUUCGGAUCGGGAACACGAAACUUUGCCGGUCGCUGCUUGACCUGAUUUUAGAUCCUUUCGACGAUGUCCGUGACGCAGCUGUAUCAGUCUUGCAGCUAUGUCUAGUUGCUCUCCCUCGGACUGAUCAAGAACGUACCCUGUCGAUGAUUCCUCGCUUUCUUGCAAGAGCGGAAGCUACAAUGCUUCGAACAGGCCGAGCAGAUCAAGCAGAUGGCGUUGCUCGUGCUUAUGGAAUGGUCUUUGCUUUGGCCAGCGAUGAGUCAAACAUCUUCGCUGGCUCACACUUUUCUUCGAAACAGAGUUUGUUCGAACAUUUGAAAACACAGCUACAGGACACCUUGAACCUGGCCCACGCAGAUCUUUCAAAGGCCGUUGACGGUCGACCUGUACAUGGCACUUUUGCUGCGCUACGCUAUGUAGUUGACCAGCCCGGCUUCUACUCUAUCGUAUCCAGCUUACCACCGGAGGUAUUUGCCAUCUGGAAGAGGUCUCACGGCGAAAUUGUAGCAAGUAUUGAGAGUCUCUGGUCUUGCGUCUACCACGUCCUGUGUGCAGAUGCACCGGAAGGCCAUGUCCCCGAUGAGUUGGAAGAUGAGAACAGUCUAGACACCAAAGAGAUUCUAAGCUACUCAUGGAGGGGACUGAAGGAGGCCAGUGUUUUGCUACGAACUGUUAUUCUUAAAGCUCCUGUAGGCGAUGGGGACGGUGACCUUGUCACCCCGGAGCUUUUUGAAAAGCUAGGCAGACUCUGCUUUACACAGCUACUUGAGCUUCGUCACCGCGGUGCAUUUUCGACAGUGUCGCAAACAUUUGCUGUGUUCUGCCGCCGUUGUGUCACCUCGAGUAUACCCUCGAUACGUGCGCUGCCUGAAAUGUGGUACCAGGAAACCCUCCGAUCUAUUCAAGCGAAGUCAGAUGCCAUUACUAGGAGGUCCGCGGGCAUACCGGCAGCCAUGUCCGCAUUACUAGCAGCAGAACCCCAAGCAGGAGGCAAGCUCUUCCCACGAGCCAUAAAGGAUCUUGUAGCCGAGACUUUGGUGGAAGCGCAGAGUACCAAUAUCGAGGAAAGCCGUCUUCCUCAAGUGCAUGCCCUUAAUUGCAUCAAGGAGAUAUUCACAACCUCCAAGCUAAGUGUUGCAUCUGAGGCAUAUAUCGGACAAGGUCUCGAGCUUGCUGCUAAAACCUUGAAUUCGUCUAUAUGGCCACUCCGCAACUGUAGUUUGAUGCUGUUCAAAGCUCUGAUUGAACGACUGCUCGGCAGCGACGAAGCACAGGACUGGAAAGAGCGGGAACGAGCCAAGACUUCGCGCUUCUCCUAUGAUAACUAUCCCAGCCUCGUGAAAAUCUUGAUAGAGCUGCUUGAGCCAAGUAGCGAUGUCAAGAUUAUGGAGACGCCUGAGGCUGGUAGCUCACCGAUGGACCUCCAUGGUGCCGAGGGCGUAUUUCCUGCCCUUCAGAUCUUGCGCCAAGCCCGACCACCGGGAGAUCUCACCAAGAUUCGGAGCUUGGUGAGAGACUUACUCCCAAGCCCGCAUUGGCAUAUGCGGGACAUGGCAGCCAGAACGUAUGUAUCACUACAUACUACAAACGAACAUCACGAGAAGCUCUCUUCCAUAUUAGAUACCGUCCCCAGCGACCAUAAUGGGCAACACGGAAGACUUCUAGUGGUGAUGUAUCUGCUGAGGAAAUUGUUGCGAGAUGAAACUCAAUGUACCCUACAGCACUUUGCAGCCUUGAUGGAGCAGCUUGGACAACAUGCAACGAGUUGGUACAUGACGAGUGAUUGUCCUUUCGUUCGAACCGCCUUUCUUGAUGUUGUGAGCAUCUGCGGCAAGGCUAUGCUCCAGAGGGCAAACACUAUCUCAAUAAUCGAUGCAUGGAAAGACCUCACUACAUCUAUAGCGAUCGGACCCGAGUACGAAAUUGGGCCCAGCGACCGCCACGGCGAUGCCUUGCUUCGGACUUCUCUUGCACAAGUAUACAUGAUUGAUCGUGUAAUACUGCGCAACGAUUCCCUUCAGAUCAUGGUUUCAGAUGAUUAUCAGACCAUCGGCGAUGCACUUAUGCUCCUCGCAAACGAAGAUCCGGAUACCUGCCUGGAGGCACUGGAAACACUAGACACUAUACUGCAGAUGAAAGCGUCUCACGAUCUGACCGUUCCGCUCUCUCUAGUCUUAGCACAUAUCCACCGUGUGGUCUUGGAAGCCACGGAUCCAGAAGUGAUCUCGAAGUCGCAAGCCGUGCUAGCCGAUGCUCUUGCGAACAACAACCUGAAGAGUGAAUUCUUUAGCCUAGUCAACGAAGACCAGACCAUGAUCACUCUAAACAAGCUGCAAUUACAGUGCAUCCAAGGCCCACCAUCGAACAUGCAAAGCGCUGUACAUCUGCUAGGUUCCUUCCUCGAUCACUCAUAUCAUACGUACCCACUUCGCCGUGCCGAGAUCCUAGCAGCUAUUGCGCGGUACAUUCGCCUUCUACGCAUGACAAUUGUCGACACAAACCCCUUCGAUACGCGUUUCGCUGCUAUACAGUCCCUCUCCACAUUAGGAUCGGUCUUCACCUUGGCUCCGAGUGAAAAAGCAACAGGGUCACUGGUCCUAGGUCUGGCUAUCGUCCUCUACGAUCUCCUCAACGAUGAUGAUGACGAAAUUCGCGAUCUGGCUGCCUCUACAACGGGUUCAUUCUUGCGUUUACAAGGUAAAGACACCUUCAAGGAUACGGUGCCGAUAUCGACGACGCACCGGCUUGCGGCUUACCUGAUCACUGCGUUCUCGACAUCGCAGUACUUAGCUACAGAAGCGAUACGACGUCUGACAAAUACACACUCGCCCACACUCCCCUUCUAUAUACCCUUUGCCGAAACCUUUGCUCAGGAGAGGAAAGAAGAUACCUCGCUCUUUGCGCAAGAGAAGCAGAAUCUGUACAAGGACGAUACUCUAGAUACGAUUCUUUGGUCUCGUAUCCUCUGCUCCUUGUCUUCUUCAGCUACUCCUGAGAGUCUACGCAUUGGCUUGACCACCUGGGUACUAGAUGGCCUGACCACACUUAUGCAGACGGCGGAGAAAGAAGGUGAUGGUGCACUAGGAUGGAGUACAAAAGCUGAGGUUUUCACACUAGGAAUGCGGAUUUUCUGUGCGAGCGAGGUAGUGGUGAGGUGGGGCGGUGGGGAGAAAGUAGAGGUAGUGAAGAUGCUGAGUAGAUUUUCAGAAGUGGGCACUGAGCGAGGUAUCCACGGCUUGUGGAUUGAGAGGGUUCAGGGGUUGUUGAGCAGAGAAGUGAAGAGGAUGCUGAGGAGAGCCAAGGCAGGCUUGCUGGAUAUUGGAUUCUGA